AUGUCAGCCUCAAACCCAUCUCAACACGCUCCGCUGGAGGAAGACGACAAUGAAGAGCUUCUCAACGCGGACGAUGCCGCCGAGGAGAUUGCAAAGGACGAUGACCACCCGAUGGAAGAUGAGGAUGACGCCGAAGACGAUCUACACGAAGAAAUACAACUUCAGAACGAUUCCGCCGCCCAUUUCGACAGCCACACCGACAGCAUUUUCUGCAUAGCGCAGCAUCCUCUCCGUCCCUCUCUCAUUGUCACGGGUGGUGGCGAUGAUGUCGCAUACCUCUUCGACGCUUCCAUAGAGAACGAUGACCCCCGACCCCUUCUCCCAACCAGCUACGAAUCAGAUCCGCAGCCCAAAGGGGAGCGCAAAAGCAUACCGCCCCUACAAAAGCUAGACGGCCACACCGACUCAGUCAACGCCGUCGCCUUCACUCAACCCUCGGGCCAAUACAUCGUGACCGCAGGUCUAGACGGUAAACUCCGCGCCUGGUUCACCUCCUCUACAGCGUCUUCCUCUUCAACCCCAGAAUCACCACCAAGCUACACCUUCCUCUCCGAAUCCUCCGAAGUCCAGGAAAUCAACUGGCUAUCCCCGUGUCCCUCCCCUGCACACCCCAACACCGUCGCCUUCGGCGCCAACGAUGGUUCCGUCUGGGUCUACACCGUCGACGCCGCCGACACCGCCUCCCCCCUCACCAUCAAUCAAGCCUACUACCUACAUACCGAAUCCUGCACCGCCGGAGCCUGGACGCCGGACGGCAACCUCCUCGCCACCGUGUCCGAAGACUCGAGCUUCCACGUCUACGACAUCUGGGGCGAGGCAGCUGACGCUGGCAUCACGAGCUCGGACAGCGGCCAAGCCAUCAUCAGCCUCAGCGCAACAGACCAACGCUUCGCAGUCGAAGGCGGCUUAUACUGCGUGACCAUCAGCCCCGGCGGAACAAUUGCCGCAGUCGGCGGCGCGGGAGGAAACAUCAGAAUCAUAGGCCUCCCACGAGUCGGGACAACCGCCUCAGCCUCAACCCCGACCACCAGAGCUGGAGGCGCAGGCGGCCCCAAAAACAAACCCAGUGCCGGUGCACGCAAGCCCGGCCCAUCCACCACCACCACCACCACCCCCUCCUCCUCAAGCCCAGGCACCCUCCUCGCCUCCCUCAACUCCCAAUCCGACAGCAUAGAAACCCUCUCCUUCUCCUCCCCACCCUUGAUCCUCCUCGCCUCCGGCAGCGUCGACGGCAGCAUCGCCCUCUUCGACGUCGCGCACAGCUUCGCCCUGCGCCGCCACAUCGCGGAUGCGCAUGACGGGUUCGCGGUCGUCAAAGUCGACUUUGUCGCGCCGCCGCCGCAGCAGCAGGGGGCGGGCAAGAGAGGGGUCAUUACCUGA